AUGUCACAGACCGCGUCUCUAAAACUCAAUCGUUUUCCGCCAGACGUCCUGGCCCGGAUCGCACCCGAUAUGCUACUCCAAAAGUAUUUGCAGAUCGGGCUGCGUCCGUCAUUGCGCAAGUUUGACGAGUUUAGGCCGGUCGUAAUCAGUUGUGCCGGAGUUGGAAGGUACGAGGCUAGCGAGCCAAACGGCGACAUCAACGGAGUUGGAAGCGUGCUAGGGUCCUCGAUAGUGAAGUCGGGCAAGACUACUGCCAUUUGUUUGAUCAGCGGGGCGAUUGUCGAGGACGAUCACGAGCUGGUUAAUGAUUACAGAACGAAGCUCGAAAAAGACAUAAUAGACAGCGACACACAUAAAGAUAAUAAGAACGCCAGCGUUUACACAGAGGUUGAGAUUUCACGUGGCGCUAGUGGGCCACCGAACGAGGAGGAGAUCGCGGUCUCGCAUAGACUGUACGAAACCAUCUACCAUUCUGGUCUCAUUGAGCGCGACGCUCUAAGGAUCCGGCUUGGGUAUAAGGGGAGCGAGGAGCUGGAACAGGAGUUCGUGCCACACACAAACUACUCGUUUGUGCUAUACGCUACCAUUCAGGUCUUCUCGCGUGCUGGUCCGGUAUACGACCUAUGCUACGGGGCAUUAAUUUCUGCGCUUCGACAGACUCGUCUUCCCGCUGUGUACAUUGCCGAGAAACGGACCGAGGCGGGGGUUCGUCGGGUGCGAGUUGAGGAAUACGACCUUGUGUGUGAGGCCGAGAAAAACGAGCCUCUAAAGCUGAACGAGAACAAAAUAGCUUGGAGUUCGACGUUUGGGCUGGUGGAGCUCGACAGAGACGUUCCUCAUGACGAGGAUAAAAUGGAGAUUGAUACGGACGGCAAGAUUCUGCUGGCAGAGCUGGAAGGCGAGGCGGAAGAAAACAUCGAUACUCGGAUUACAGUGAGCUCAAACGGUAGCACGUUAAGCGGCCUUAGCGUAUACGGAGCUGCCGGUGUCACGAAGGAGGAUUUGAGAAAAGCAUUUGAUUUGGCCAACCGCCGCGCCCAGUAUGUGCUGAAUAGUAGAGAGAUGGAGAUGUGA